CGGCACCGGCCGGCGAGGGGAAGCGGCGCCCCGGGGCCUGGCGCCCGCGGCGGGGGAGGAAGGGCUCGUCGCCCGGAGCCCGCAGAGCCCUCGGCCGAUCUUUGGAAGGGCCCGGCCUUCUGGCCACGUAUUGCAGAGAAAGAAAACAUGGCAAGCGUUGCUGUUAGAAAGAAAGAAGCCACUAGAGAUCUAAAUUACUGUGAUAUCCCGUACUAUGUUUCUGAAUUUGUGGAAAGAGAAGUCGGAAAUGACUAUGAUUCCCUGAGGAACCUAGACAACCUGAUUGAUAAGCUCUCUGAAAACAAAAAGCAGUUAGAAGAACAGGUACUUACGGUUUCAUCAGAAGUCCCUAAAAGAAUUCAGAAUGCCUUAAAGAAUGCAGAAGAUUCUAAAAAGUCUCUGAGUCGGCUUCUAGAGGAAGAAACUCUUCUGUCUGACUCGAUCAAUGCCCACUUACUGAAAGCUCAGCCAUGGAUGGAGGAUCUCGGUGUACUGAUCGGUCAAGUAGAAGAGAUUGAGCGACACCUGGCCUAUCUCAAAUGGAUUUCUCGAAUAGAAGAGUUAAGUGAUAGCAUCCAGCAAUAUCUGAUGACCAACAAUGUUCCAGAGGCAGCCAGUACUCUGGCAUUCAUGGCAGAACUGGAUAUUAAGCUUCAGGAAUCAUCUUGUUCUCAUCUGCUUGAAUUUGUGAGAUCCACUGUUAAAUUCUGGCAUAAAAUUCUUAAGGACAAACUGACGAGUGACUUCGAGGAGGUGCUCACACAGCUCCGCUGGCCCUUCGUGGGGCCGCCCCAGUCUCAGGCCUUUGGCCUGGCUGCUCCAGCCAACUCUCCCGAUGUGUACAGCAACCUGGAGAUGCUCUUUUGUCAGCUUCUCAAACUGCAAACCUCAGAUGAACUGUUAACCAAGCCUAAACAAUUGCCAGAAAAGUACUCUUUGCCCCCCUCACCACCCAUUGCCCUUCCGAUACAGAUCAUGCUGAAUCCUCUUCAGAAAAGAUUCAAGUAUCAUUUCACUGGAAAUAAACAAACCAAUGUUCUAAACAAGCCUGAGUGGUAUUUAACACAAGUACUUAUGUGGAUUGGAAAUCAUGCAAAGUUCCUUGAUGACAAAAUCCAGCCAAUACUGGACAAGGUGGGAUCUUCACUGAAUGCUGGGCUUGAAUUCUCUCGUGCCCUAGUAAUGCUGAUUUUGGAGAAGUUGGCUGCUGAUAUUCCCUGCCUGUUGUAUGAUGAUACACUCUUUUGUCACCUUGUGGAUGAGGUACUUCUGUUUGAGAGAGAGUUAUACAGCGUUCAUGGUUAUCUCAGCAGCUUUCCCAGUUGCAUGCAUAUUCUGUCAGAAGAAUCCUGCUUCCAAAGGUGGCUAACAGUGGAAAAAAAAUUUGCUCUUCAGAAAAUGGACUCUAUGCUUUCAUCAGAGGCUGCAUGGAUAUCACAGUACAAAGAUAUCACUGAUGUCGAUGAAAUGAAAGUUCCAGACUGUGCUGAAACUUUUAUGACUCUCUUGUUAGUUAUAACAGACAGGUAUAAGAAUCUUCCAACAGCUUCCAGAAAACUGCAGUUUCUGGGCCUACAGAAGGAGUUAGUUGAUGAUUUCAGGAUACGAUUAACUCAAGUGAUGAAGGAAGAGACCAGAGCUUCCUUAGGAUUCCGAUACUGUGCAAUCCUUAAUGCUGUCAACUAUAUAGCAACAGUGUUGGCAGACUGGGCUGACAAUGUAUUCUUCCUGCAGCUCCAGCAGGCCGAGCUGGAGGUUCGUGCAGAGAGUGACACUGUCAGUCAGCUCCAGCUGGGGCAGUUGGCAUCCAUGGAGAGCUCUGUCUUUGAUGAGAUGAUCAACCUCCUGGAGCGCCUGAAGCACGACAUGCUGACCCGCCAAGUCGAUCAUGUCUUCAGGGAGGUCAAAGAUGCUGCAAAGCUGUACAAAAAAGAGAGGUGGUUGUCUUUACCAUCUCAGGCGGAGCAGGCAGUGAUGUCUUUGUCAAGCACAGCCUGCCCCAUGUUGCAGACCCUGCGGGACCGUUUGCUGCAACUGGAACAGCAGCUCUGCCACUCACUGUUCAAAAUCUUCUGGCAAAUGCUUGCCGAGAAAGUGGAUCUCUACAUCUAUCAGGAAAUAAUUAUGGCAAAUCAUUUCAAUGAAGGAGGAGCAGCACAACUUCAGUUUGACAUGAGCAGAAAUUUGUUCCCUUUAUUUUCACACUACUGCAAGAGGCCAGAAAACUACUUCAAGCACAUAAAAGAAGCCUGCAUUAUCCUGAAUCUGAAUGUUGGCUCCGCCUUGCUACUGAAGGAUGUCCUACAGUCAGCUUCAGAAAAUGAAACUUUUAAUCCAAGCCAGCCCUCUGCAACAGCAGCACUAAAUGAACUUGGAGUUUAUAAACUGGCUCAAAAGGAUGUCGAGAUUCUUCUCAAUUUGAGAGCUAGUUGGCCAAAUACAGGAAAAUAAAGAUUUAUUCAGCAAUGGUUAA